AUGAAGUUAUAAUAAUAAAAAUAUUAGAAAAAUAAAUAUUAAAAAAUAAGAAAAUAAAAAAAAAAAAGAGAAAGUUAAAAGUUAAUUAAAGUAAAAAAAAAUAUAAAAUAAAUUAAUAAAAAUCUAAAAUAAAAUCAUUAUAUGAUAACAAAAUAAAAUAUUAUAUAAAAUAAAAUAUUUGAAUAUAUGUAUUAAAUUAAAUAUAAAAAAGAAAAAAAAUAAACAAUAUAAAAUAAAAGAAUAAAAAAAUAAAAUUAAAAUAAAAAUAAAAAAAUAAUAUAAUAUAAAAAACAAAUUUAAAAUAAAAAUAAUUAUAUGCAGGAAGAUAAAUUAAAUUAUUAAGAAUUUCAAAAGUUUAAUUUUAAGAAAAAUAUAUAAUAUGCAAAAAAAAAAAAAAAAGUAUAAUAAAAUUAAAAAAAAAAAUUAAUAAAAAAAGAAAUUAUUUUUAAAUAAAAAUAUAAUGCGAAUAAAAUAAAAAAAAAAUAUUAAAUUAAAAAAAUUAUUUUUAAAUAAAAAUUAAAACAUAUUUAUGUAAAAAAUUAUAUAAGUAUAAAUAUAAAUAUAAAUAAAUAUAUGAUAUAAAUAUUUAUAUAUAUAUUUUAUAUUUUAAUAUAAGGUAAAAAAAUUAUUUAAAAUCAGAUGUUUUUAAAAUAUCUAUUAAAAUAAUAAAAAAAUAAUUAAAAUAUAUAUUUAAAAUCAAAAUUUUUAACAUUUAAAUAUUUUUAUAUAAUUAUUUUUUAAAAAAAAACUAUAAUAAAAAUAAAUAUAAAAUAAAAUUUAAAGAUCUAGAAAUUAAUUAAGAAAAUUAAAUAAAAUGAUAAAUUUUUAUAAUAAAAAGAUAUUAAUAUUAAAAAUAAUAAAAAAAUAUAUAAAAUUAUAAAAAUAUUAUUAUAUGUAUAUAAAUAUAAAUAUAUUUUUAAAUAUAAAUAUAAAUAUAUAUAUAAAUAUAAAUAUUUAUAUAUAUUUUUUUGA